AUGGCGAAGCAUUCCCAGCUCGAAGAUUGCUCGAAGUUUCUUGAAGAAACUAACCUCUUCACAGAGGGAACAAAGAAGAAGAUCGAAAGAUUCGUGCGCACAGUGGAGCGAGGAUGCUUUGACGAGUUUUUGGUUCUUUUUGCGAGGUAUUUUUCUUGUAGUCUUUAAUGUUUGAGUUUGUUUUUACGUCAUUAAUCUUCCUUGAUAAUAACGCUUUGAGCCAACCGGCAGUUUUCUCCUUUUCCUGUUGUACGCAAUAACUGCUACUUCAUUGCUGAUGAAGUUCGAGCGAUUCCGAACGGAAUAUUCUAUUUAUUUGAAAUUGGUUUGCUCAGAUUUUUUGUAAUUGUUUGUUUUAAGACCGCAUUCGCCAGAGCAGAGAUGAAAAGAUGAGAUGAGAUAGUAAGACAACGAAAAAUAUAUUGAACAAAGGCUUACCAUCUCAUCUCAUCUUUUCAUCUCUGCUCUGGCGAAUGCGGUCUUAAAACAAACAAUUACAAAAAAUCUGAGCAAACCAAUUUCAAAUAAAUAGAAGACCAAAUCCUGAAUUUCACGUGGAUUUUAUUGUAUGCGUUUGUCUUUUUUCUGGAAUUCGGUUAACUUUCCUUCAAACAAAGUUUACGUCUUUUGCACCGCACAGAGGCAUGGGCUGCUGCACUACAUCAUUGCUUUUUGCAUUCUCUUUCUCAAAAUUAUUCUUGUAAACAGGAAUAUACGCGAGGACGAUCUCUUCAAAAUCUGCAUUUAUCUACGAUCGUACGGGAUUUUUGAUCAAGCGGAUCAAGAAAGAAUCUUCAACGACCUUGUCUUCUGUACCCCCGAGAGAAAAGCAUCUGAGCUACUAACGGAAAUUGGAAAAAGGGGACACCAUGUAUACUGGCACCUAGCACAUGCGCUAAAGACUAGGCAAACACCUAUGUUUAAUUUCUUUCACGGCGGAGAUUUUCAGUGUUGUGGUAUGUAUGUGCAGUGAUUCGGUUCAGUUAUUGACAAAUUAGUGAAAAAGACUAGAGUAGGAAGACGAGUUGCUCACUGGAGCCAAGCUUUGUUACAAUGUUCACUUCAUCAUACUAGCCAAGCCAAGUCAAAAUCAAGUUAAUCAAAUACUAAUUAAAUGACUUUGACUCAAGUCAAAAUUUGCCUCAAACACUGCGGAAGUUUAUGGACCAAUUCAGUUAUAUUGGCUUUCAGCUACCAAGAUAUCAACCGAUGCCAAACAAACCAAAACAAAAACAGUUUAAGAGCAGUGUAUUAUGCCAAUUGGUUAGAGGCAGUCACACGGUUUUUUUUAACCAAUUAACGCUGUUUUAGCGCUUAUUACGUCAUAAUAAUUUUUGGGGGGAGCCCCAAACCUCACUUAGUUACAAGUGGAAACAUGCCAAAUUUAACGGAUGAUUAGAAAAAUAUAAAAUCAAGGUAGAGUCGCGAAAGGUUUGUAAACAAUUUUACAGAAUUCACAUUUGGAGAUGAGAUUGAAAUGUUUGAGCACACGAUAUCUUGCAAUUGUUAUUAAGUUCUUAUUUAAUUUAGACACCAACGUCGUCAGAGAAAACGAAGUCGCGUGUGCUUUUUACAGUCAACUGGAACCUUUCCUCUUCUAACCUAGAACUAAGGUAAAUACAGUUGAACCUGUCCACAACGGCCACCUCGAGGACAGAAGAAAGUGACCGUUUUAAAGAGGUUUAACAAGAGUCAAUGUAUGGACUGUCCGCCAAAACAAGUGGCCGUUGUGGAGAUGUGACCGUUAGUGAAAGUUUGCCUGUAACAAUUGAUAUCUUAAUUAGUUUGCAGGGAAGUGGAAGAAAGGGAAAGAGAAGAACGGCUUGCAGGUAGAGUGAUAUAACAGUCAUGUUUAGGAUUUUAAAAACAGAAUAUUUUGCCAUUAAAUCGGCGAAGUUAUCAUUUCGCUUUUACAUAGAGCGUUUCGUGUAUGAAUGAGAAAGUAAAAAAGAUUUAAUUCUUAGCUAUUUCCAACUGAAAGCAACUGCAGACUCAGAGCAAUAAUAGUUUAAACAGAAACAUUUUAACGUUUUCAAAAUGUCUUCAUCUUUUGAAGGAGAGGAGAAGUCGUUACUUUAAUACGUUGCCAUGGUGGCAAAAUUUCUGGAUCUCAACAAAUUGCGGUGCUGUAAAUAUGUAGAGGGAAAGAAAACGAACAAAAUGACUUGUAUGACUCUUCUGUGCAUGAUUGCACUCAGGAACAAGACGAUAGUCUUAUUCAAUCGUUUGACAAUGCAAAUGGCGGCGUCUCUGUUAAGAAAGACUGUUGAGAUCCAGAAAUUUUGCUACUAUGGUAACGUGACGUCACAUUUCUCUUCUCUAUUGUUCAAAUUGACUACCUGUCUCCUUAAGGUGGUAAAUCAUGUGAUCAUUUCCAGGAACUGUACAUGAGUAGUAAGUUCACACCGUCAUCCUCAACCUCGUCCCCGGGCCGGCUUAAAGCCAAGGGGACGAAAUUGCCUCGUCCCCGUUAAGCGUCGGACCCAAUUACCUGAUGAGUAGUGCUCUUUCAACUUAGCAUUGUUCCAAAAAAAUAACAUUAGUGUUGAAUUUAAUCUUUCUAUUGUUAUAUCGUAACUAUCACCACAGAGAUGGAAAACGUUGAAAAAAAGUUCGUGACCAAGUUUAGAGCUCUGAGAGAGAAGGUAGAGGACAAAUGCACCACAGUAAAGAAGAGAGCCGAGGAGAAAAUAAGAAACAGUGAGUAAAAUAUCUUUUACCGGAGAGGAACGUUCUAUUAUUACUUUUAUUAUUAUUAUUUUUUGCAAACUUGCUUUUUCCCAUUUUGCUAUUAUUUAAUCCCUAUCACCCUUCCCUUCUAUCUCUCUCUUUCAAUCUAUCUGGGGAUAACUUUUUGCAUUUCCUGGCUAUUUUCUUCGAUUUGCUGUUUUCGGAACCCUUUUCGUCUCAUUUACAUUUUGCGCUCCUCCCUCGAUCCUUGCUCUCUCACUCCUCCCUUAAUACUCAGUCACCCCUCCAUUACCGCUCCCUCCCUCCUCCCUUACCCUCCUUAGCCUCUUCCCUCUUUGCUCCCCUUCCUUCUCCGUCACUUCUGCCUUUCCUCACUUUUAUGCCGCCCCUCCCUUUCCUUCCAACCUUCCCGAUUUUUUCUUCUCCUUUCCCUCUUUUCUUUUUUCUUGUCUUGCUUUUAUCUUCUUCUGUGUCUCUUUCUUUCCUUCCUUUAUGCUAUCAUCCAUUUUUCGUAAUAAGUUUUCUUGUAAUUGUUUUCUUCCAUUUUGAUCUUUAUUUGUGUAUCUUUGUCUUUUUUCUUCUUCAAUAUAUUUUAGAGAACUUUUGCCCAAUUUCGUUUCCUUCUAGGAGCACUUUCAAGGACGUCAUCUGAUGAGCAAGCGUCUAUGCAGGACAAAGAUGAUGAUCUGGAGCCUGAGGAUGAGGAAAGCACAAUAUCAGAAGGUAGAAGUUUUUUCGUUGUUCUCCCGUCUAUUUCCUCUUUCAACAUUGCAUCUUUCUUUCUCUUUCUCUUUGUAUUCCGCUUCGUUCGCUCGCUCCUUCUUCCCUCUUCACCUUCCCCUCCCCCACUUCCAUUCCUCCCUGCCUACCUGCAUCCCUUACUUUUUUCUUUCCUCCCUCCCUGCUUCCUUCCCCCUUCCCAAGCCUUCCUCGCUGCCUUCCUUCCUCCCUCCCUGUUCCUUUCCUCUUCCCAAGUCUUCCUCACUGCCCUGCUUACUCCCUCCUUCCUCCCCUUACUUCCUCCGUGCCUUUCACCCUCCCUGUUUCCUUUCCCCUAGCCUUCCUCACUGCCUUCCUUUUUUCCUCCCUUGUUCCUUCCCUCUUCCCAAGCCUUCCUCGCUGCCUUCCUUCCUUCCUUCCUGUUCCUUCCCUCUACCCAAGCCUUCCUCACUGCCGUGCUUCCUCCCUCCUUGCUUCCCUCACUUCCUCCAUGCCUUCCUCUUUCCCUGUUUCCUCUCCGCAAGCCUGCCUUCCUUCUUCCCUCCCUUCUUCCUUCCCUCUUCCCAAGCCUUCCUCACUGCCUUUCUUCCCCCCUCCCAGCUUCCUUCCCUUCCCCCAUGCCUUCCUCACUAUCUUACUUCCUCCUUUACCCUUUGCAUUCCUCACUUUCUUCUUUCCUCCCUCCCCACCUCCGUCACGGCCUCUAUAUCUUCCUCAUUGCCUUCCACCCUCCCUCCCUCUUGCACAUCGUCUUUCUUAUUACGCAUAUCAAUGGCACUUACUAUGCGUCGUUUUUUAAAUCAAGGUUCUUAUCUGGAAGAUCGCGAACCGGAUAACGAGGGAAAUACAAAAGCCAAAGGUAAAAAUUAUAUCUUUUUCAGUUUCUUAGGUACAGCUAUUGUGUAGCUGUUCCUCCUUAUAAUCUUGCGUAAGCCUGGGAUUUUCAAAAAUGCCGCUCUGAAAUGACAGCAAAACAAACGUUUUUUUCGACAGAUUUGGAGAAAGCACUGGACAAUACAUUGAAAAUGAUUAAAACAUUCGUGGGCAAGGUUGAAGAAAAAUGCUCAACAGCGGUGAAAAAAAGAAAACGUGAGUUCAAAUUUAUCUUUUAUGGUUCAUGAUCAAAGAGUAUCCUCUUACAAAAAAAAAAGAAGUAUAGCAAAAAUUUUCUUUGAUUACAGCAUACGAACGAAAUUACGUCCUGUAGACGCGAUCAUUCAAAUAGAACAUGCGAACCUCUUUGAUAAUGUUUAAAGUAGGCAUUGAUGGGUUAAGCAAUAUAUGGUAACCAUUAUUAAUAGUUUUUUCUGCAAAGAAGGGUAGAGCUAGCUCAGAUUUAAGCAUCUUAGAAGUGGUUGUGAUGAUGAUGAUAAUGACAACGAUGAUGAUGAUGGUGUGAUGUUGAUGACGACAACGAUGAUACAAAUCACCGUCAUACAGGAACAAGGACCAGACACAAACAAUUAUUUUUUAUCAUGCUACAGGUAGUCUUGAAUGAUUUGCGCACAAAAUCGCGUCUCCCCUAGAUCUGUCAUUUUUUCAAGAUCAGUUUUACGUCUUUAUACUUGUUGCAUAUUUUGCUUAACGUUCAGCCAACAUUUUAUAUACUUUUACUGACGAGUUUUUUUAAAUACAUUUUACAGGUUUUUCCCGACCUCUAUCACGUCAAUAUCGAGCGACAACAUCUGUUCAUGUCCACGAGCCUCAAACGGUCGAUUCAGAAGGUAUGUAUCAGUCUCAAUAUAACUUUAUAGAGGACAAUAUAAAGAGGUGUGCGAUUUUCUUUCAUAACUGGGGACUUAACGAUCCGACCACGCGACGGCAACGAGAACGUCAAAAACAACGAUAGAUUUAGUGGGCAAAACAACAACUUUGCACGUGCAUCUCACUUUUUUGUACAUUUCUUUGCCGUUUUUGCACGAUUACGACGUGAAAUUGCCUAAUUUUACUUUUUCUGGAGGACGUAUCAGGCCACGACGAAAUUUUAUUAUCUUUCUAAACUUGAAUAUGGUUCUUAGAAAUUCAACUCCGGGAGGGUUCGCCUACAUUUGACGAAGUAAGUGAGUUGGAAUAAUCGCGAUAAAGACCGAAAGAACACAAAUUCAUUUUUGAAGCGACGCUUUCGCUGCCUUCGCGUCGUCCUAUCGUUAAGUCCAUACUAUCUUCAAAACAACGCGUUGGCAACCACCAUGAAUCCCAGAUAUAUAUAAAUUUGGGACAAUUGACCCUGGCCAGGAGAGAAACGAAGACAAAUUACUGUUGAAAUAAUUUAAUAGGGGUGAGAUCCUUUUUUAUAAUCUCACCAAAAAAGUAUUAUAUUGGAGUUCUUAAAACAAACGUCUGCAGCUAUCAGCUCCAAGGGGCUGUGAUGUUAAAAGGACGCAAACAAAAUCUCGAUGCUUUUUAACCUCAAAAUCUGCAGAUUACUACUGAGAGAGGUUUUUUAACGCGAAACAAUUAACACUGAGAUGGGUUAUGAUCCCACUCAGUACCACUAUGUUCGAAGCUGUGGCGAGCUCACAAGUGUCUUUCUAUAAGGACGAAACAGCUGCUGGCUUCUGCUUUCUAACAUAAAGAAUGGCUGAUUAUUUUAAUCAAGAGCCCAUAACACGGAGUGAGCAACUCCAAUGUAAUCUUGUCGCGGCAAUUUCACAGACCUGUCUAUAAUAAGAACAAUUUUGGCGGGAAGUUUACACCAUCGCACAAUUUUAAAAAAAGAAGUUUGGUUCUUUUUUUAGUCAUCAACGUUUACAUAUUCCAUAUCUAAACAAGAUAAACCAGUCAUGUUGUAAAAUCUUUCUAUUUAAACCACCCAAUACCAACCUUCGCAAGCGUAAACUUUGUUUUUAUUAAUAUUCUUCCUGGGGGACAAAACUUCAAAUUUGUUGAAACUUGUAUCCACGGCCGUUAGCCUUUUAGCUUUAAUGCUUCGUGCUUGAUGAUUGGUACAAAUAUAAUCAGUAAAAGGUUGCUAGUAUGUCCGAACCCUAUCUCCGAGAAAUCAUCUUGAUAAAUGCUAAUGAUGAGCUUUUCCCAUUUCUAGAUUUACCUACAGCUCUCGCAGCUGAAACUAACAGAACCAAGCAAGGAAAAGAAAACAAUUCAGUUGCAAAGGAACGCACUCUAAUCCAGCGCAAGCGAGCCUACAAGAUAGCGUUUGUAACAUUGUCAGCGGUCACCAUGUUUACUUUCUAUCCACUUCCUGCUUUUGACUUCCUAUUUCUUUUUAUUUACUGUAACGUGUUAAUUCUUCUGAUCACAUUUUAGUUUACCCACUACAUUUAUGUUAGCUUCUAUUUGUUCGAUUCCUUCACAACUUUGAUCUUGUAUUAUCAUUCGAUGCAAAAUUUUCUUCCUUUUCAUUGGCCGAGAGCCUACAAGGUGACCU